CAUAACGCGCAAAGGCGGAUGCGUUUUUGCCGCAUUCGUUCUCGUUAUAUCGACUUUUUUUAUUAUUAUUAAAUAAAGGCAGGCUUUUUGGAAUCCUGAGCAAAUAUGCAGCCUACCGGCGCCAUUACUCGUCGUUUUCAUGCUUUCUUUAAUCGCCAUCUGGAAGCUCUAUUAAACUACCGGAACAUCCGCCCUGCCGCGACGCUAUUGUGUGAGAAUCAGUCCAGGUCAGGGAUGCUUCAUCAGGACCAACAUCUGGCCUACAGAGCUCAAGGCGCCAACAAUGGCGCCUUUUCACUGCCAAACAGGAAGUAUGACCAAGAUGGCAACUUUAACUUCCUGUCCGACAAAGAUGACUUCCCAGUGAUGAGCAAUGGCGGAAGAGGCGAUGAGAAUCAAAACCAGGAGCGUCCUUGUAAACUGGGACCUCUCGGUCCAAACCCGUCCCCGCACAAAAACUCAGGAGUCCUGUCUCCUCGCUCUCGUCUGCCCUGCUGGAGCACGCUGGAUCCCCUGCCCGAAAUCGAACACGGAGAUGAGGGGUACGGGCGAGUGCCUCCUGACGGGGCGGAGGAAAGGAGGCUGGAGGAAGAGGAAGGGCAGAUGAUGGUGAAGCACAGGGAGAAAAUGGAGCUUCAGAGGAGCAUCUCCAGCCGGCACGAGCUGGAGGAGGAGAUGACGCUGGAAAAUGACGACGAGUGGGGAGACACCGAGUCGGAUUCGGAAUCAGGCGGGAGCAUGUCCUCCCUCAACAUGGAGACCGCUGCCGACUGGAUGGGAGGAUGGGACCGCAAACCGAGCCACCCGGACAUCGACCCGACCAGGAGCAACUACAGAGAAGCAGCCGCCAGGCGACGAAGCUACAGCCGAAGAUCCAUGUCCGGUAGCCACUUGGGAAACCUCAUGGAGGAAGGAGCCGAAGACCAGCACGACCAGUCCACCGAUUCGGACGGCGAGCUUCCCAAGCUGAUGGACGCCGUGUGGACGCUACGGGACCGCGAGAGGUUCAAGGCGCAAGAGAUGGAGAAACACCAGGUGCAGCUGACCAUGUACCGCCGCCUGGCGCUGAUCCGCUGGGUCCGGACCCUGCAGGGCCGCAUCCAGGAGCAGCAGAACCGACUGCAGUCCAGCUUUGAUGUCAUCCUCACGCAUAGGAAGGAGCUGCUGCGCAUGGGCGCCGGCGUGGUUAAUACCGCGCCCGCCACCGCUGUGGGACAAUCGUAGGACCAACGCUCUACUGUGUGCAUGGGAAAAUCCACCUUCAGGUGGCGCUAUAACCCUCAUGUGGAAGAAGCCUGAAGAAAGUCGUUUCAGGAAAAGGCCCGAAAGCUGUGGACUAAAUGAAAAGUUUACUGUUGCUGUUUUGGGUAUGACAUACAGGCGCCUCAUCGUUGGACUCACACGUCCCCAAAAUGUCUACCUGUUUCUUCCUACAUGCACAGUAGGGAUGUACGAUAUUGGCAACUCUCAAUUUCCGACACCGAUAUAUGUAACAUGACCGAUAAUUGUAAUUAUUGGUACUAAUAAUGAUCGGCUAUCCCUAAUAUAAAUAGUAUACAUAAAGGUCUUCUGUUUACAUGCAUAGUGAAACACCAAAAAGUUUUUUUGCUUUAUUUUAAGAAGUAAAAAUGAUUUUUGUUAAUUUUUCUUUAUCUCAAACUCCCCUAAAUAUAUAUAUAUAUUUAAAUUAAAUAUUAUAAAUAUUUAGCAACAAAAUGUUUAUUUUUAAUUACAAACAACUAGACUACUAACAACUACAAUAUGUUUACGUUACAUGUUUUUCUUCAGUGAAAAUGACAUUUUUGUCUCAAACACCGCCCCCCCCCAAAAAAACAAUGUAUUUUAAAUAAAAAAAAAUACUAAACCUCACAAAAUAUUAAAGAAAAAAAUAUAUAUAUUUUUUUAUUUUUGUCUCAAACACCGCCCCCACCCAAAAAAACCUAUUUAUUUUAAAUUUAAAAAAAUCAACCUCACGAAAUAUUUAAAAAAAUAAAUAAAAUUAUUUUUAUUUAUGUCUCAAACACUAAAAAAAUUAUUUGGGAUAUUUUAAAAUUAAAAAGACCUCAUAAAAAUUGGAGUUACAUGUUUUUCCAUUGCGGCACAACAACCCCCACAAUGUUUUUUUUUUUUUUACACAUACAGUAAAAAUGACAUUUUUGUCUCAAACACUGCCCCCCCCCAAAAAAAAACUAUUUAUUUUAAAUAAAAAAACUCACAAAAUAUUAAAGAAAUAUUUUUUUUGUCUCAAACAUCGCCCCCAACCAAAAAAACUAUUUAUGUUAAAUUUUAAAAAAAUUACUUCACAAAAUAUUAAAGAAAUAAAAAAAAUAUUUUUAUUUAUGUCUCAAACACUAAAAAAAAUAUUUGGGAUAUUUAUAAAUGAAAAAGACCUCAUAAAAGUUGGAGUUACAUGUUUUUCAUUGUGGAACAACAAUUGCCCCACAAUGUUUUUUUUUAUACAUGUACACUAAAAAAUGACAUUUUUUGAGAUUUUUCCUUGUCUCAAACACCAAAAUAUAUUUUUAGUUUAGUACUAUUUAGUUUUUUUUGGACCCACAAUGUAUUUGUUGAUAUUCAUGUUGCCAAUGUGCUGUCCUUGAUGGUUAGACAUCCCAUAAUAUGCUGUAUAUAAAGAUGAUCCUGAAAUCUAAGAAUAAAUAUCUAAGUAAUAAUAAGUGUUUAUUUGUUAUGUUGCCAAUGACAAUGUAU